GACUAAAAUAAUUUCGAGAUAGAUUUGUGCUUUCUAUUCAAAAAAGUAAUACGUUUUUUGGUUUCACCAUGAAUCCAGGUUACAUGACCAAGUUUCGGCCGCAUUGCCCAGACCAUCCACAGGAAGAUCUAAUUGAGGACUUUCGCGCGGGAGAUUUGAUUUGUCCCGAAUGCGGUUUGGUGGUUAUGGAGCACGCUAUCAAUGUGUCGGCUGAGUGGCGCUUCCUUGAGCCCACAGGUACAGAUCCGUGUCGCGUGGGCGCCAUUUGUGAUCCCCUGCUAAAUGGCGAGGACAUGUCGACUGUCAUCGGGCCGAUGCCCAUGAGCCGGGAUGGCAACUACCAGUUGCCGACUUACAUAAAACGUCGCGUCUUGUUGGGCACAAAUAAUGCCAUAAAGCGUGGUUUCGACGUCAUUGCGGUUAUGGUUAAGCGCCUAAACACAAACGAACAGGUCAGGGAUCGGGCCAAGGCAUUGUACAAGCAGAUCUACGAUUCGAAGCUGAUCCGGACACGCAGCACGGAUGCCAAAUGUGCGGCUUGCAUUUACAUUGCCUGUCGUCAGGAGAACAUUCCGCGCAGCUUCAAGGAGGUGUGCGCCAUUUGCAAUUCCAGCAAAAAGGAAAUCGGACGCACCUACAAGCAGCUGAUGACUGCUCUUAAGUUGGACCUGGAUUUGGUUGGCAGCAAGGAUUUUAUGACGCGUUUCUGCUCCACCUUGGAUGUUCCCGUCUCUAUGGAAACUGUUGCCAUGCAAAUUGCUUCAAAUUCCAUGGAGAUUUAUGAACUAACUGGCCGCUCACCCUUGUCCAUUGCCUCGGCUGCUAUCUAUAUGGCCACCCACACUGCUGCUCCGGAGUACCAUCGCGAGGCCGGACAUAUAGCCCGUGUAGCCGGAGUCGCAUUGACUACAGUAAACACCAUCUACAUGAUAAUGUUGGAUCACCUGGAUAAGAUUUUGCCCCGCGGCACUAAUCGCUCCAUGUUGCCCAUGCCGAAUCUUGAUAUAUAGUAUGGGUUGGUUUUAAAUUCCCAAUGCAUUCAUUCUCUAUUCAAGAAGUCACGAUGAAGGCUAGGGAGCUAGAGCUUUAUGAUCCAUUUAUAAAUUCGUUCACAAUUCAUUUUAGAAUUUAAGACUUCUCAUAUUCAACUUACAGACAAAAUAAAGAUCUUUGUUUAACGAA